GAAUAUUGUGUGCUAAUGUACCUUAUUUCCUUUAGAUUUUCUUAUCGAUUUUUGGAGGAUGCAGACCUCUCAUGAACGUUUUGAACUAUUGCUGACCUCUUAAUGUGUUGUCCCUUGUUUCUUUGCCACCUUAUUAUUUUUUCUAGGGUAAUGAGGGACAUUUGUUUGUUUCUAUUCGUUACUAAAACGAAUGUAUUAUUUUAUUCGACUUUUCGUACUUUGCUUUUUUGUGAUAAAUAUGCCAUAGAAUGGGAGUUAUGUAUAGGACGCCACUAUUUAUUUAAGAGAGAGACAGCAAAGCUUUGAUUAUGAAGUCUACUCCUGCUUAUAGGUGCCUAAAAUCAAACAGGUAGCCCAUUGAGGUGUUAUGUAGUGGCUGUCAAGGUCAUCAGCUUGAGCUAUUUUGGCAAAAUCAUCGAUCAUUUCAUCUAUGGGAUCAUCUGUAUGAUUUUCGAGGUAUCUGGCGUAGCUACUCCAAGUUUUGCAAUACUGCUUAAACUGGGUCAAGCUCAUCUUUUGUUCCAGAAUU